AUGAAACACUGUCGCCCGUCGGAGUAUGAAGCAUAUGAACAUGUGGCAAAGCAGCACAUUGAAGCCAUUGCAAAAGACCUAGAGGCUCAAUUUGCAGAACUCGGGGGCCCAGUCAUCGGAAAAAAUCCCUCUAUACAGUCAGCAUUUCAUGAUAUUAUUGAGGAAUAUAAGUUUAUAGGAGACCUUUUCACUGCGGCGUGCCCUGUUCAUCGGCAGAUUGAACAUAUGCUGAGCCAUCCACAUGCUGAUCCUGUGGUUAUGAACUUGCACAAGGAAGUUGCAAUUGAGCUUGAAUCGACUCUGGAGAUAAAAGAACUUGAAGCGAAGUCUCAUAAGGCUCUGAAGGCCCUGAAGGAAACACGAGGUGCUUAA